GGUUCACACACAGGUAUUCUGACACAUUCCCGACGACGUUCGGCGACGAUGUGGCAUGGGUUUAAGAGAGCCUCUAUUUAUGACACCUUCGAUCUGUAACUUCCGAGUUUUUCACUCGGCUCCCGCAUGUCCGUCUGGGAGAGGAGAUAAAAACAGCGACAGCAUGACCGACGCCGGCCAAUGUGAGGUCAACGAGAGCUAUCGUUUCAAAUGGAACAACUAUCAGAAUCAUCUGUCCGACGUCGUGCGGCAGCUCCUGGAGGAGGAUUGCAUGGUGGAUGUCACCCUAUCCGCAGCUGGUCAACGUAUACACGCGCAUCGCAUUGUAUUGUGCGCGUGUAGCAUUUUGUUUCAGGAAGUGCUCAGUCAAGUGACGGAAGAUUAUCCAACGAUAAUUUUAAGCGAUAUAUCUCCUCAGGACAUAAAAUUGAUUAUCGAAUUCAUAUAUCAUGGUGAGAUCCAUGUUCCCGUCGAAAAUAUCAGGAGCUUAUUUGAGGCCGCGCGAUCGCUAAAAAUAAGCGGUCUUCAUGACAUAGAUGGAAUUGGAGAGAGCGAGAUUUUUAGAGGCAGAAAAGAUUCUACGGAAGAGACCGCGACGGAGGUGGGAGAGGUCGAGAACAAGGCUGGAUCCGCGGAGAGUGAGUCGCAGGAGCCGAGCGCCGCUGAAAAUUGUAUUUCAAAUAAGAAGAGGAAACGUCGCCGCGAGACUGUGAAGAGGGAUUACAAUGACGACAUGUUGGCGUCCGCGAUUAAUGACUUGAAGUUGGGUCAAACCCUAAUAGAGGCUGCCACUAAGCACAACAUACCGCGCUCGACGUUGUACAUGCGGGCGAAGGCUUUAGGCAUACAUUUAAACGCGUCGAGGAAUGGAUAUCCCGCAGAGUGCAUGAAUGCGGCUAUAAACGCCGUUAUCAACGGUUCGAGCUUGCAGCAUGCGUCGGAAAUAUUUAGAAUACCUAAAACCGUGCUGUGGCGACGUAUACAAAAGGAGGGCUAUCAAAUCCUACGGCCUGAAAUGAAGAGGUCUUAUGCCUUGGACACGAGAGAGGCCGCCGUCAAGGCUCUAGAAAGAGGGGAAAAUCUGACGAAAGUUGCUCUGGAAUUUAAAAUACCAAAGACUACAUUGUUUAGAGAAAAGGCACGGCUGGUAGAUCAAGGUAAAUUGCCGCUGUCCUUCUGGAAGAAGCGCAAAACUGAGAACGAGGAAUUGAAGAAGUCGCGACUGGAGGAAGCCGUGGCCGCCUGCAAGGGCGGCAGAAUGUCGCAGGCCGCGGCGUCCAUGACGUAUCGCAUUCCAAAGACGACGAUAUGGCGAAGGCUCCAGCAGGACGGGAAGAAAGCGGAGAAAUCGUCGAAUGUGAAGAAGCAACAGCGGCUGGCCGAUGCGCCGGUAGUGCACGACGCUCAGGUGAAGCUACAGGACACGUCCAAUUUCAAUUAUUGCGAGGUUACAUCGGAAAUACCUAUAACUUAUAUAGACGAGAACAGUAUACCCGAGGAUUCCGUGAUAAUUUUGACAACGGAGGAGAUGGAUGAAUUGAAUUUGGAGGGAGGCAGGCAAAUUAUUGUAAAUUCGGAGUCCGGACAGGAGUUUAUUCCGUGUACGAUAAGUAUCGAGGAUAAUUCAAACUAUUCGGAGGCUGGGAGUUAGCGAUAGAAAAAUAAAUAAUGAAAAGCUAAUUAUUUAACAUAAAUUAAAGCUUAAUUUGCACAUUGACUGUACAAU